AAUGAGAUGGGUGGGGCCAACGAGACAGCCGUGACAGAGUAUGUCCUGCUGGGCCUACACGGCCACCAUAGCAUAGAGAUGGUCCUGUUUGUGCUCUGCCUGGGCAUCUACUCUGUGAACGUGCUGGGGAAUGCCCUCCUCAUUGGGCUGAACAUGCUGGACCCCCGCCUGCACAGCCCCAUGUACUUCUUUCUCAGCAACCUCUCUCUCUUGGACAUCUGUGGCACAUCCUCCUUCGUGCCUUUCAUGCUGGUCAACUUCCUGGAAGCCCAAAGGACCAUCUCCUUCCCUGGCUGUGCCCUGCAGAUGUACCUGACCCUGGCACUGGGCUCCACGGAGUGCGUGCUCUUGGCCGUGAUGGCGUAUGACCGUUACGUGGCCAUCUGCCAGCCGCUUAGGUACCCAGAACUCAUGAGUGGGCAGACGUGCGUGCGGAUGGCAGUGCUGAGCUGGGGAACGGGCUUUGCCAACUCAUUGCUGCAGUCCAUCGUCACCUGGAGCCUCCCGUUCUGUGGCCACCAUGUCAUUAACCACUUCUUCUGUGAGAUCUUGGCAGUGCUGAAACUGGCCUGUGGGGACAUCUCUCUCAAUGCACUGCUUUUAAUGGUGGCCACAGCUGUCCUGUCACUGGCCCCGCUCCUGCUCAUCUGCAUGUCCUACAUUUUCAUCCUUAAUGCCAUCCUUAGGGUGCCCUCUGCUGCAGGCCGGCGCAAAGCCUUCUCCACCUGCUCUGCCCACCUCACAGUGGUAGUGGUUUUCUAUGGGACUAUCUCCUUCAUGUACUUUAAGCCCAAGGCCAAGGACCCUGACUUGGAUAAGAUUAUUGCAUUGUUCUAUGGGGUCGUGACACCCUCACUGAACCCCAUCAUUUACAGCCUGAGAAAUGCAGAGGUAAAAGCUGCUGCCAUAGCUCUGCUGGGGGGGAAUCUGUUCUGCAGGAAAAUGUCCCGCUUCUCCUGUUCUCAACCUCUAUUCGGCAGGAGAGUCUAG